AUGAAACUCUCCAAAAGCGAAAAGACCAAAAUAGAGAAGUGCUUUGAUGAAACCUUUUCACCUCUCAUCUCUAAACUCCCAAAACUCGAGGUCAAAUUUUAUAAAUACGAUCAACCCAUUACAGUGAUAGAUACAACCCCUCCUCCAAAUCACUAUCCAAUCUACUCGUCCGACACGUUCUCGUAUACUUCAUUCUCGACCUAUCCAUAUCGAAAUGAAAAGAAAAUGGGCGACCCGAUUUGCGACAAAGGCAAAGGUGCUAUAUUUAAAAACUUGGGCAUCUUUGUAUUAGGGGAUGGGUGUGGAAUAGGACCAUCUGUAUGUGAGGCGGCUACUGUAGCGGUUAACACGAUAUUUAGUUCAGUCAUUGAAAACAUUCUUAUGUGCAAAAAUGUGAGGGAUAUUGGAAAGGUGAUGGUCGAUUCUGUCGUAGCCGGUCAUGUUGCAAUCAUAGAGAGUGGAAACCUUUUUCAUAUUGGAACAAGCACUAUCUUGUUAGUCACCUAUUUCUAUAUCAAUACUCAAAUAUAUCUUUUGUCACUCUCAAUAGGUGACUGCCACGCUUUAAGAUACAACAUAACAACAAAGGAUGUGUCUCAUGUCGUCGGUAACUUACGAGAGAGUCUUGAAGAAGUACCCGAUUGUGGGGGGAGGAUUGGCCCGUUUGUCGAUAAAUUGUUCCCCGAUUUGCGAAACGGUGAUAUCCACAUUUGUGAAUGCAAUGAGGGCGAUUUCUUGGUUAUGGCAACUGAUGGAUAUCACGACAACUUCGAUCCAAUCAUCACCGGAAAAACACCAAAAGAAGUUUCUUUGCAAUACAAAACAUGGGAAGAAGCCGAAAAGGACGUGGAGUGUUCUUUGAAGAAGGCAAGAUUUGUUGAGGAGAUAGUUAUGGACUUUAUUACCAAUUCAGUGUCUCUCGCUGAUUUUUGUGAAAACACAAGUAGGUAUGUGGUCAACAUGACCACAAGAAUUCGAACGUUUAUGGAAGAACGACAAGGCGAAAAACACCCGAAAGACCCCCAUGAAUACCCAGGUAAGUGCGACCACACGACAGUGAUGAUCUUCAAAAUGGAAAGGCGUGGAGAUAUACCAGAAGUCAUCAAUUGCUAUGUCCCAUCAUAUUCCAUUACACUCUUUGGUGGGAACGAUAUGGAGCCGUAUAAUUUUAACCACGACCGAGGAAUCUUAAUCCACGCCCACAAGCCAAGGGAACGUCUGGUCCAAACUCCUCGACCAGACCGUUGUCGAAAAGACAUAACGGGUGAGAACACAAGAUCUUUUCUUAACUCUCCUGUGGACUUUGACAAGAAAAAAGGUGUUGCUUUGAAGUUUUGCUCUGAAGGAGAAAUUAAGGAGAGUGAUGAAGAGAAAAAUUGA